CGCCGGGUGUCGCCUUCUGCAGCCACGACCGCCGCGAGCCCUCGCAGGGCGUCCUGGGAAGUGUAGUUCUCGCGAGUCACCGCCGAGGACCUGGGCCCGGGAAGAACUGUACUAAUAAUUGAGAAGCGUGGUUAGACUGGGGACUCUCGGAGGUCAAGAGACCAAGCAGUAGGCGGGCCGAUUUUCCCGGUGGAUCUCACGUUGAGCUGUAACUUGAUAACCCCCUUCCAGGCCUCCCGAGAGCUGGGGGUAAGGGAAGGAUGGGGUUCUUGUUCCUGGAUCCGGUUGGGCUCCUCUGAUCACUGAGCAGUGGUUUCUGGUUCUGCUGCUGCGUUGUGCCAAGGUCUGGAGAUGGUUGUUGUUGGUCUUAGAGUAACUCUUGGUAUGAGGCUGCGGUGGAGUGGUUGUAUAGAGGGCUUCACUCAGCUCAGUAGAACCCUAACUCUGGCACAACUCAAGUCACCACACUACCCCAGGCAUUAGAAUCCUGUUGCCUCCCUUCCUUCUGGAAGUAAGAAACUAAGCCAGGAAGUGAACUUAGCGUGUUGUUUCACUUUUUGAGAAGAGAGUUCCUCUCUCAAGAGGAAAGCUUCCUAACACACCUCAGUCAUCUGAAGGUAGCUGGAGCCCCCAAAAUGGAUAAGUUUGUCAUCCGAACGCCUAGGACCCAGAAUAGCCCGCAGAAGAAACAGCUCGGAGGAAAGGUUUACAAGCAAGCCACGAUCGAAUCUUUGAAGAGAGUUGUGGUUGUAGAAGACAUAAAAAGAUGGAAAACUAUGUUGGAGCUUCCUGAUCAAACCAAAGACAACCUAGUUGCAGCCUUACAAGAAUUAAAGAAGAAAAUACCCUCCAAGGAGGUGUUGCAAUCGACAAGGAUAGGUCACAUUGUGAACAAGAUGCGCAGGCACUCAGACCCAGAGGUGGCGUGUCUUGCCAAAGAAGUUCACACCGAGUGGAAGACUUUCUUUGAAAAACAUUGGGAUAGACCUUCUAUUGAAGUACGAAGUGAUCCAAAAACGGAGUCAUUUAGAAAAAAUGCCCAGAAAUUACUCUCAGAAGCCUUGGAAUUGAAGAUGGAUCACCUACUGGUUGAAAAUAUUGAGCGGGAAACGUUUCAUCUCUGCUCCCGGCUCAUUAACGGGCCGUACCGGAGGACCGUGCGAGCUCUGGUUUUCACAUUAAAGCAUCGAGCUGAGAUCCGGGAGCAGGUGAAGAGCGGGGCGCUGCCGGUCGGCACGUUUGUACAGACCCACAAAAAGUGACCCGAGGACGGGCCCAGCGCUGGGCCUCGCUCCCCACUCCGCCAUUCAAAGACUCUUUUGAGUUUGGGUGAUGCGCGUGUCUGCUGUGCUGGAUAUUCCCAUGGUGCCAUUCCUUCAGACAGAAUAUGGGGAACCCCGGGAGACGGGCCUGUGGGAGCGGCUUCAUUAGCUGCCUUGCGCUGGCGCUGCCUGACGGGACACCACGGCUGUCACUAGGAAGCGCCACCCAGUUGCCAUCACCCAACACAAUGGAAGGGUGACAGGUUUCACUGUGAGCUUGCCAAGGACACCUCUAAACUCCCCCAUGUCAGGCAGAUGAAGUUACCACUUUAUUUCGCCACCCUGCAGGUAACUGAAACUCAAUUACCGCUGCUGCUCACUCGGUUCCAUCCCCCUGAGUUUAGACAGCUCCGAAGCCUCUCAGAACUCCCCUGUCUGUUCUCUUUGCUCAACCCCAGGGGUGAGCCCACUGGAGCCUGAGACCAGCCCUGCUUGCCAGCGCUCACUUAUCUGAGCCUUUCAGCUCUCCCUGGAAGACCUUAGGGGAUGGGCUCCUGAGCCCCCAUGCUGAGGCUUCUAAUGAGCUGGCCUGAAGCUUCCCGCACCUCCGGGUUUAUUUGAAUACAGGCUCUGUAGAAGAUGCAUAAUGAAAUUUCUCUUGCAGACUUACUGCAGUAUGAAAAGAUGCAUAUGUGAAGAUUUUCAAUGAAAUAUGUCUAUACAAGCCUGCUUGGGUGAUUAUGUAAAUUGUACUUGCUCUUUAAAAAGUGAUAAUAAACAGAUAUACUAAAACAA